GUAUCAGAACUUUUUUGAUCUGUGAGGGUCUGUGAGGUUUUAGCACCAAUAUUUGAGAGAGUUCAAGCAAAAUCAUGGAAGCAAGUAUCAGUUUUGCCGCAAAGGUCCCUGUUUUUUGUGGCCAAAAUUAUCAAGUUUGGUCAAUUAAAAUGAUGGCAUUUCUGAGAGCAUUUGACCUCUGGGAUGCUGUUGAGCACGACAUUGAUCCACCCCCUUUUACGGAGAAGAGGAUUGUAGAAAAGGUUCUUGUGAGUUUACCAGAGAAAUUUGAGCAUAAAAUUUCUUCUCUGGAGGACUCAAAGGACAUGACACAAAUGAAACUUUCCGAACUUGUGAAUGCACUUCAAGCUGUAGAACAAAGGAAAGCAAUAAGGCAAGAAGUUGAAGGUGCCGUUGAAGGUGCUUUUAUUGCAAAUGAAAGAGGAAAGGGUCAGUUCAAAUAUGAUGAAGAGAUGCAAUUUUUGGACAAAAGUGGAAAGGAGAAGAGAGAUUUUCAGAAGGACCAACAAAACAACAAUUGUAGAGGUAAGAAAGAGCCUUAUCCUCCAUGUCCACACUGUGGAAAGAUGACUCAUACGACAACUUACUGCUGGUUUAGGCCUGGUGUAAAAUGCAGGUCAUGUAAGCAAUUUGGCCAUGUUGAAAAGGUUUGCAAAGCUAAGGCAAAACAAUACGAGAAAGUUCAAGUUGCUGAAAAUGUAGAUCAGGAGGUAGAAGAGUUAUUUGUGGUUGUUGUGGUUGAGAGCUGUUCAUCAAUGUUUUUGGGUUCAAAUUCUUGGUUCAUUGAUAGUGGGUGUACCCAUCAUAUGACCUCAAAUUUGGCAAUUUUCAAGACACUUGACAGAUCCUAUUUUUCAAUGGUUAGACUUGGAAAUGGAGAACUUGUUGAGGUGAAAGGAAAAGGGACAGUUACUGUUAAUACACCAACUGGUAUCCGGUACAUUUGUGACGUUUUAUAUGUGCCUUACUUGAGCCAAAAUUUGAUUAGUGUUGGUCAGCUAUUAGAGAAUGAUUAUUCAGUGCAUUUUCAUGAUGAAUGUGUUGAUGUGGUUGAUAAACUUGGUGUAAAAUUAUUUACUGCUGGUAUGAAUCAUAGAAAUUUUUCUGUUGAUUGGAGUCAAACUGAAAUUAAAGCAUGAACUACUGUUGUGGAUGAAUCUGAGAAAUGGAAUGGGAGAUUUGAUGGUGUAUGUGGUGUAAGUCAAAAGGGAAAUUUUAGUAAGUUUUCUUUUUCAGUGAACAAUGCUUGGAGAGCUACAAAAAAGCUCCAUUUUGUUCAUUCUGUUUUUUGUGGUCUAGUGCAGAUCUCAUCAAUAAAUGGCAGCAAACUUUUCUUAUUGUCUGUUGAUGAUUUCAGUGGAAUAUAUGUGCUGGGUUUAUUUCUUGAAGCAAGUAUUCAAAGUUUUUGCUGUGUUUGUGGAGUUUUAAGGCUUGCUAAAAAGGAAAAGGAGGUGCAGAUUCUAUAUUGCAGCUCAGAAAAUCAGUUAGCAAACUUUUUCACCAAACCUUUGCCAAAGAAAAGGUUUGAAGAAUUUAGAGAGCAGCUCGGCAUUUGCAGCUUUGUUGCAAGGAGGAGGUUGUUGGAACUGUUCCAGAUAAGCAUGACACCAAAGCUGCUAUGUUGUUGUCCGGUUAAGUCUAUUUAUUUGUUAUUUGAAUUUAAUUUAGUUUGUUUGCAAUUUGAAUUAGUUUGUUGUAGUUUGUUUUAAGUGUUUUUAAGUUUAUAGCAGUUUGUUUAAGUUUGUUUGUAUUGGAUAACUGUUGAGGUAGUUUUGUAACUACCCUUAUCUGUAUAUUUAAGUAUUUUACAUAAUGAAAACUGUGUUGCUUC